AUGUUUAACGAUUGUAAACAUAGAAAAUGCAAAUUAUGUGAGUUUGUAAUUGCUGAACUUUCCGAUUGUUCAAAGGAAAGAUUGGCUGAACUGCGCAAAACAGAUGCAAAUUUGGAAGAUUUUGGAAACAUGUCUAAUUCAUUAAAUACUCCAUCUAAACUAACGCCUUGUAAAAUAAUGGAGCAUAAAGAAGAUAUAAAAAAAUAUAAGUGGUUUUCCGGAUCAGAUAACUUUGUCCACCAGAACAACGAUUAUUUUGUAAGUUCUGUUGAUCGAAAUAGCCAUGCGCUGAAUUUUCAUUGUGAAAGUGAAGAAUCUUACGGCGAAAUGAAUUCUAAUGUUUCAUGUCAUUGUCAAAUGAGCAUGGUUAACAAAGCGCCGUCCUUAGAAAUACAACUGAAUAGCGAACCUUCUCAUCUGAUUCCCAGCCGCAAUAAUGAAUUAAAUUAUUAUGAUGGAAUUUUUCCCAGAUCAUCAUCAAGAAUGAUGGAAAAAAUGUGUAGCGAGUGCAAGUUAUCUUAUCGCCGUCGUGUUAGAAAAAAAGAUGACUUGAAAUCGAAGAAGUUUGUUCAACUCGCCACAAAGAAAACAUUACCACCUGGAAAGAAAUCGAAUGAAUUGAAUGAUCGAUGUUCUCCAUGUCAUUUUCUCUUAAAUCAAGCAAAUCGACAGAGACGAACGGGUGAAUGCAGUUCUUCUUCUACAGUUGGAAAUCAGUUAGAUGAAACUGUCAAAAGUAUGGAGCAUUGUUUUGUCAAUCCAAAAGCAAUGAAACAGAGUAUGCAUCAGAGGUGGGAAAAAAUAGCACUUAAAAACAGGACAACUUUCUUGAAAACACGUAGCAAACGUAUGUUAGUGGAUCGAUUAAGCAAGUAUAAGUUAAUGCCUCCAUACAAGGCACAUUCUCAAAUCGAGACAGAUAUUAUGGAAACCGAAACCACUCAUUCCUUGGCAGAUAGCUCAUCCAUCUAUCCAGUUAUUUCAUCUACUGCUGAAUCAUCCGAUCGUAAUGCAACCCCAGCUGUGAUGGUUGAAGAAGAAGUUGGUCAACAACAGGUGAAUAUUAAAUAUGGUGAUAAUACUGAUAAUGCUUCUAGUAUUCUAUCCCAUAAUGCUACGGCUGCCAAUGAGCCAACAACUGGCUUAAUACCAUAUGAUUUUUCGAAAAUGAAAAUUGAACAGAUAAACGCUGAUGAGGAUUGUGAUAAAAAGUGUAGUUUUCCUCUUUUACACUCCACAGAAAAUUGUAACUCACCGACAAGUACAAGUACUAUUCAUGGGAGAGAUGAAGAAAUACCUGAUCGUCAAGCAAUGCUGAAGCAAAUGUGGUCUUUAGUGUCCCGAGAAAGCAAUUUAGUGUUAAAGUUAAAACAACUAAACGAAAAUCUAACGAUGAAGCAGGCUGAAAUUUCGUCGUUAAUAAGCCUUCGCUCAGAGAUAGAAGAUGAAAUUGAACAAAUACGUUCAUCGAAGAAUGAAUUAUUGGCCAUUGCUGGUGAUAUGGAAUCGAUUUGA